AUGGCUAAUGCACCGGAUGACAACCCUGAUGAAGUUGAAAAGUCUGAUAAUGUGAAAGAAGGUGGUACCUUCCAGAGUCCCACACGCCUUGCUCUCCAUUGGCUCGGCUCUGCGCUGCUCUUCAUUUCCGCAAAAACCCUAGUGUCCGUAGUGUCUCCAACUAUGGAUAUCGAGGAGGACAUCCGGGCAUUGCAGCUUGAUUCAUCUGAAGAUAGUGUGAUGGCUAAUGCACCGGAUGACAACCCUGAUGAAGUUGAAAAGUCUGAUAAUGUGAAAGAAGAAGAUAGUGUGAUGGCUAAUGCAAAAGAAGGGGAGCCUGUGGAAGUUAAGAAAACCGAUACAAUGGAAGAAGGUUUGAAGGACGAGGCACAUGCAAAUUAUAAGGCAGUGGAUGUGGAACCAAAAAAGGUCAUUGAAGAAGAUGCUGAAGAAGAGGUGGAAGAUAACAAGAAGCGACACUUAAAUGUUGUAUUCAUUGGUCAUGUGGAUGCUGGCAAGUCAACAACAGGAGGGCAAAUACUAUUUCUCAGUGGUCGGGUUGACGAUCGCACAAUUCAAAAGUAUGAGAAAGAAGCAAAGGAUAAGAGUAGAGAGAGCUGGUGA